AACGCUCCAGAAUUAGGCCAACCUCCUGGUAAUUGGCACGGUUUAAAAAGGAGCCCUCAGGAAAACAGCAUAGAAAGUUCUGGACAUCAGGACAUCUCAAAUCUUCCUGCUGCUGUGCAACUGGCUGAGAGCAUAUCCCCAUCAAUUCCAGGACCCACAAGCAUCAGUAAUGAAGGCAUCAGUAGCUACAGUGCUGAAGAUUUAUCCAAUCCAAAUUCAAGCAUGGUGUCUUCAGAGGUGACAGGACAGAACAGUGUCUUGCAAGAACAUGGAGGACAAACAGGCUCUGAUUUCUUAAAGCAGGCUGCAGAAGCAAGAGAGAGAAGCCUGCCUACCUCAACACCUUUGGCAGACUGUGCCAAGGAACAUGUCACAGCAGAUCUCACAAGCAGCAGUGACAAGUUACCAACCUCAGGCUGCAAUGAAGCAGUGCCAUCGCCAGGUCCAGCAAAUGGCAAAGAAGAGGGAAUAGCACAUGCCGUGUCUGCGGACAGAGGCCCAAAACGUGACAAUACUGCUGCCACUUCUGUGAAAAACAGUGAGAACGAUCCCAGAAAGCCAAGCCUGGAGCCCAGCCCUCCUGCAGCAAUUGCAGAAAUGCAAGGAGUCGCACAAAUGAGUUCCAGUGAAUUAGGAUGGCUCUGGCAGAGUGAACAGCUGGGUGGCAUGAGGGAACCACAUGUCAGCACAUUUCCCCAGGAUAAAGAAGCAGGAGGUUAUUUUACUGCUCAGGAGGCCAAGCAGGAGCGAGGAGUUUUGGAAGUAGGUCAGCUGCAGACUAUAAUGCAGCAAGGUAGACAGAACACAGAUGGUGGAGAGGGCCUGCUAAUGAAAAAGGAAACCUUAAUCCUAAAUUAUCCAGCAACAGGAGGCUCAGACAGUGAAAAAUUUGGAGCAAUUGUGAAUGCUCGGGGCUUCACUGAGAUCAGUGAAGUCUGUAAUCUACAGAUGGGGGCUGUAACAACAGCUAAAGGGAAUGAGGCAAAUCCAGCUCUAUCUGGAAGCAAAGGGGAGCAAUCAGAAGCCCGUACUUUAAUGUCAGAGUUGCCUUCCAACCCUCCACAUCUCUUCCUGGUCCCAAAGCCUGGAGAGCCUUCGAGGGAAUACAUGCCUGAAAAUGACUCUCAAGAUGCGAUGAGGAGUGAAGCAUUGAAAACAGCCUCUGAAAAAAACGAACUUGUUUUUCAAAGAGAGCUUCAAAAGGAGGAUGAGCUCGUUAGUGCCGAGCAUUUCAGUGUGCCUUUAUCAUUUAAGCGAGAGGAAGAACAAAAAUCAGCUGUCACAACUGAGAGCCCGAAAGAUGAAGCCAGUAGCAGUGAAAUUAUAAAAGCUGAUGAUGUGUCUGGAGAAAGCACCACACUUUCUGAAACAGAAAGUAUUAUCAAUCCUACCAAGGAAAGUUCCCUGGUAGAUAAAAGACUAUUGCUGGAAGAAUAUGCAUUAAGUACUUCUCUGAGCAGAUGCACAGAGCUGAAUCAAAAAGAAACUGAGGUGGGUGUAACAGGAGAAAAAAAGGAAAUCAGAACAGAGGAGGCACAAGAGAAAUUACCUGAAUUAAAAGAAAAAACAGAAACCAGUGAAUUACCUGAGGGGUCCAGUGGGGCAGAAAGGCAAUCAUUGAACUCUGUUAGUAGCCACCACCAGGACGUGGGAAAUACCAAUUUGGGACACAAUCCUGAAGAACUCAGUCUUUGUGAAAAGACUUCAGCAGGUGACUUAAGGGAGGAAGAGAGGGAAAAACCCCUGAAUUUAGACAGCAACUUUAAAUCGCCCAAAGACAAUUCACACUCUCUUAGUUGUAAACCUGAACAACAAACGAGUAAAGAGAAAACAGCUGCCACAGAUGAUCUGGAGAAUAAGCUCGUGGCUUCACCGCCAUUUCCAAGGGAAGAAUGCCCACCGAGUUUUCACUGCUGUACCACUGAAGCAGAAGACAAAGCUUUGGGCCAGCCAGGCUGUAACGGGACUGAAAAGGUUUGUUUAGCCAGUGCACACAGUCCACUGCUCCUCCACUCUGAGAACAACACUGUUCAGCAGAGUAAGCAGGAUGAGUCCUGGGAAAAGGCUUUUGCUGGAGAAACUGUGUUAGAAUCUGACUGCCAAACUGAGAGUCAAGAAAAGCCUGAGAGCUGUAGCGAGUCAGAAGAAAGUGCAAAGAUGCACAAAUCAAAACUCGAGCUCCAGGGCUUAAAUGAGUUGGCAGGGACUACGGAUCGCAUGGCUGUACAAACCGAGGAGGCCUCACGGGAUUCGGAAACCAAAGAAUGGAUCGGUCACAUCACCGAAGUGCCUCACAGCGAUCCGGAGCAAGGAACUGCAGCUGCAGCUGCGCAAAGCAGUGCUGUGGGUGGUAAAGAAAAUAGGGAUAUUCAACAGGAGAAGCACCAAAGCGUGGUGAAAAGUUUCACGGAGGCCAAAGAUUUGGCACCGAAAAGUGAACGUGAAUCAGAUGUGCUGAUAGAAGCUCAGCAGGAGCAAGUGGCUGCAGAAAGUCACAGAAACAUGCAGAGGGAUUGUGCAGAAACCUCCCAAGCCAGAGCUGGUACUUCAGGAGUCAGUCUUCAUCCAGUUCACAUUGAGGAAGGGGGUGAUGGCCACGUCAGUGAAAACAACUGCCCCUCUGGGAGUGCCACGUGCAGCUCUUCGGAGAGCCUGGGGAGCGGUAUUGGAGAAUUGCAGGAAAAUGCAGAUGUUCCGACUGCUCUUCCCCAAGCAGAGCGAAUGGGGAAGUCAAUGUCUGGUGACAGUGGCUGGAUGUCAAAUACGGGACUCGAACAACAGAAGCACCAGAGCAGUCUGACAGCUGUCACAAGAGCAGAUGACCAGGAACACAAAGAAAGGGCACUAAAACCCAGACGGCCCUUGGACCUAAAUAAUCACAGCAACAUACCAGCAAUACCUCUAAACAUUUCAAACAACCUUAAUAAAGAAUCUCCUGUGCUAGCUCCAGCACCGAUCCAAUGCGGCUCUGACCCAGCAAAAGAAAAGGACAAGGAUAAAAGCAGUGCCGUGGUGUCAGAGAUGUGCAGCAGCAAACACGGGCAGAAUAUUUCUGGUGUGCCCAUGCUUAAUUCGCAAGAUUGCAACCAGCAAAACAAAACUGAUCUCAAGGCAGAAGAAAACUGCCACAGUAAGCAAAACUCAGACAAGCCCGAGCGGGAUAAUAAUUCUUUGAUCUCAGCGAGUCAGCAUGAAGCAGCAUGUCAUAGCGAUAUGUUUUCUAAAGAAUCCGACAAGAAUGAACAGCCAGGCAGCGUAUGCAGGGUAGAGGAUAAUACUGGUGGAAGCUGUGCUGCUGCUAUAAGCGCUCUUCCAGGGACACAGAAUUCAGCAAGUGCCACUAACAUAUCACAGGCUUUGCCAAGCGAUACGGAAAUAGCACAUACUUCUGAUAAUUCUGAGAAAAAUGAUCCGCAAAUCUCUCGUCCAGAAACUCAAGGGAAAAUGCCAUUAAUGGCAAAAAACUUGGAAAAGAUUGAAAGUCUGACUGCUGAUGGGGGAAUCAUCCGGAAAGAUGGAAACACGGAGAUAAGUUGUGAGGACAGUGCUUCUGUCGCAGACACCAGCAAUGUGAAAAGUGAUACAAGUCCAGGGGCACAAGGAUCUCCUUCACCAUCACAGGCACAUGGGGAAGUGAAUAAGUCGUACAAAUCCAGCUGCGUUCAAAAGAUAUCAAAGGAGCCUGAUUAUUGUCAAGCAAAUUUUACAGCCCUCUCUACACGGACCUCUGCACUCAGCCAUCCUAGCCAGCAACCUGGAAACAAUGGUGCUGGGGGGGAUUUACUAAAUAAUGAGCUGGAAGUUGUAGCAUGCCAAAACGCCCUAGAAAAUAACUUUAAUUUGCAGAUUGCUGCAGGUUCUCAGGUGUCUGAGCACUUAGGUCUUUCACCCGGGGUAAGCACAGGUAAAACAGCAAGUUCAGAACACAGCUUUGCGAGGAAUAUGUGCGUGGAUGAAAAAGAUGUUCCAGGCCAAAGUUUUCAGGGUGAUGGAGACAGAAGUUUAGCUCUGCCAGAGACUUUAAAUGUGGGGCAAAGUACUGGAAACUUAUCGCAGUUCAAUUCCGAGAAGCUGAAGCAAGAGAUACCUGCAAUUAAAUCCAAGGAAAUAAAAAGCGAGGUAAACUUCAAAGAAGAGCAAAGUGACAGUUCAGCAGAGUCUCUGUUCGCUCUCCCUGCUCUAGAAGGGAAGCUGCUGAGCCUUUCAUCUGUUGGUAAACAAGAAGGCUGUAAUGAGGAAACUGCAACCAAUAUCUGCGUAGAUGACAAGUGCGGUAAGAUCUUAGGGAAACCUGGGAAUUCAGAAAAAAUGGAAGAGCCUUCAAAAGAGAAUAAUAACAUAACCAGGGCAGAGAUCAGUAUUUCCAAGCAGUCUGUGGAGAGCUCUGGAAGGGAGCAUGAGGCUCUGACUUGCAGCUCUCUGGACAUUGGCUCCAGCCUCCCAGACUUUAGGGAGCAUAUCAGCCAGAUAUUUAAAAAAACGGUCCACAGCACGCUGAGUGCUGAAUUACCCCAACUUUUGUCUGAAAACCAUGCAGGCUUCAAGCAGAGUCCAGUGGCCAAGGAUACGGCAGAACUGUGCGGCGCUGAGAAGUUCUCAGAAUCAAACAAAGUGGGCAAAGGAGAAGCAGAGGGGCAAGAUUUGUCUUUAGCUACUGAGGCUUCCUGCAAAGCUGCCGAAGGCAAAUCUCUGCAACGAGAAGACGCAGUGGCAGAGCUGCCACCAGCAAGUCUCCAGGACACUGAGAAAAAGAGGCAGCCCGGUAGCUGUUUAGAAGUGGUGCUGAGACUGGAUGGCGUUACACCUGCUGAGCGCGCUCCAGAAAAUCUGCAAAAGCCAGGCAAAACCACCAAGCAUCCAGAGAGCAGUGGGAUGGAAAGAAAGGAAGGCGUGUGUGCUGGUGGCGUUGAUCCUGAAUCGCUAAUAAGCUUAGAGAUAAAGAAGCAAGGACCGGCUUCAUGUGAUGGGGCAGCAGCUGAGAACUGCCCUGCACAUUCUGACGGUCAGCAGCAACCCACUGUGGCUGUUAUCUCCACAGGCGAUGUGCAGAAGAGUGACUUAGAAGAUGCUGCUCCCGCAGAGAAAAAUAACUUAAUUACAGAGCGUAGUGCAGAACCAGUUUCAUCUGAAGAAGAUGUAAGUCUUCCCGCUGAACAGCGCCAGGAUCCUCAGCCAAAUGAACAGGGGAAAAGUGAGUACGGUGAUCCAGACACUGCCGAGAGCACCUCCGACAUGGCAGCUUCAACGCUUGUCCCGGGAGGAUCUUACAAUCAUGAAAAACUGCCGGACAGUUUUAAUGUGGCACCUGGGGAAAAUCAGGAGGCACACAUCCACAGAAAUUUUAUGCAUGACAUUAAGUCUCAGAAUGACGCGCAGAUGAUACGAGAUGAUCCAGUAAAUAGGAAAUGCUUGGAAACAUUGGAAAACUCACAAGAUGCACAACAGGAAACUAAAAUGACGGUGCAUGGGUUAAUAGAUUACUUAAAAAAUGAAGUAAGCCAGGAUGAUUGCUUGGAAACUGACUCCAAACUAGAAUCUAGCAGUAUGACUGAGGGAGACGUAAAAGAAAACCGUGACGUGGUGUUAGGCACAGCAAAAACAGGUAGCGAGGAAACUGGAGACAUGCCUGAAACAGGUACUGCGAGGAUGUUAGUCACUGGCGAAGGUGAGUUAGCUUUAAACACGAGCACUGAAGAGCAGGAGACAGACCUGUACAAAAACCACUCUCCAGCCGUUUCUGUGGUGGAGCAGGGCGAGCGUCCUGCUUGCACAGAUACCACCGUUACUGAAAAUCAGCCGAGCAAGAUGAAUUCAGAACACGAAAGCUCCCCUCAGGAUGCCGAAAGAAAACUAUCACCACUUGCAUUAACUGAGCCUAAGAACCUCGACCUCACUGAAUUUAAAGACACGGCUGCAGCAGGAUUAGCUCCUGAAAG